AUACCCAUGUGAUUGUCUUUCUUCUACUAAUUUCCCCACUAUCCAUGUAUUUUUUUGUCAACUUUCCGCACUAAAAGACUACAGCCAUUGUAUAUAUAUAAUCUUGCACUCUCAACUGUCCAUUUAAAUCAAAACUAAAUCUUAAUCAAAUCUGAGUUAAUUCAGAUAAUGGGUAUUAGAUCACUUACUCAGGCCAAGCAGAAGCUGCAAAGAACUCUCUCGCCACGAAUCAGCAAAGCCAUUUCUUGGAGAUCCACAGAUGUUCCAAAAGGCCAUUUUCCUGUUUAUGUUGGGAAAACGAAUAAGAGGUUUGUGAUACCCAUUUCAUAUUUAAGCCAUCCCAUGUUCCAGGAAUUGUUACAUUGGUCCGAGGAAGAAUUUGGCUUCGAUCAUCUAAUGGGCGGACUUACCAUCCCCUGCACUGAGGAUUACUUUGUUAGCCUCACCUCCAUGUUGAUUUUUUCUACUUCUUCAUGAAGUACAUUUUCUUUCUUCUUUCUGUUUUUUGGUGACCAUGGGGUUGCAUAGUAGAAGAGUUCAGGCUGUUAAGGAGCAGUCAACCUUUAAAUGAUGAAAUGCAAUUGUAAAUGAAUAGGUUGACAAUUGAAUUGUUUG